CGGGGGCCGGGCUUCCCACCUGGGCUUGCGAGAAACCGGAGGAAAGAAGCCGGCUUCCGAGCGGGCAGCCGCGCCCGGCCCGCAGGGACUCGCCUGUCUGCCGAGAGCCGGAGCGCCGCGGGAGAAGCGGCCCGGGAGCCACCCCGUGCGCGUCUCUCUCCCACCUGGAUCUGCCUCUCGGCGCCAUCUGGCCGGCGCUCGGGUUCAGCAGCUUUCGCGGGGCGCCGCCUCCCUCCCGCCCUUCCCGCUGUGCUGCCCGGCGCUUGGGACUAGCCGCGGAUUCAGUCUCGCUCUUCCGUCUGUGAAAUGGGCGCGCUUGGAAACCGGGAAGCUACCGGCGCCGCCGCCUUCUUGGGGCGCUUUUCUUGCCCUGCCGGCCGUUUCCUCGGCCGUCUGGACUCCCCCCUGAAAAGUGGCUGAAAAGGAGCUUCGCUUGCAUUUCAAAGGGAGGCUUUUCCAGAAGCAGGGAGCCCGGGCACCUCCUCUCACAGUCCCAGCCAGAGGCUCCUUUGCGGGCUGGGUGACAGCCCCGGGCUGGAGAAGCUGCAAGAGGGAUGGGCCCCGGGAGGGCUGCGGUGACUGACUCCUCCUGGGAAGAAGGCUCCGACCAUGUUGCCCUCGGGAGGGCCCGAAACCGUCCCCGCAAGGUUUUGCGCAGAGUGGCGUCCCAGGUGGUCACCAAGACCAACCCACCGGUGGGCAUCAUCUUCACCACCCUCUUGUACUGCGGGGAGCUUGUGUCGGCCUGCUUGAUGACUGUCUCCUACAGUCACUCCAGUGACCGCUACCGGAUGCUCCUGACUCUCCUCCUCCUGCUCCUCUCGGCCGUCAUGGUCCAGCUCACCCUCAUCUUUGUGAACCGGGAUCUGGCCAGCGACAAGCCUUUCGUCCUCUUCAUGCACCUGCUGCUGCUGGGCCCUCUCAUCAGAUGCUUAGAGACCCUAGUGAUGUUCUACCGCCUGGGCCGGGAGGAAGAGCCCUACGUCACCAUCACCCGCAAGAAGCAUCUUCACAGAGACUACGAGGUCGAGGUCGAGCAGGAAGUGGGGCACUUGGUGCGCCGGCUGGUCACUCACCGCAAUGCUUUCAAGCGGAUGGCGGUCAUUCAGGCCUUCCUGGGCUCCACCCCUCAGCUCACACUGCAGCUUUAUGUCAGUGUAAUAGAGCAGUACAUCCCCACUAGCAGAGCUGUCCUGAUGAGCAUGUGUUUACUCUCAGUCACUUAUGGAGCUUUGGUCUGCAACACCCUGGCCAUCCAGAUCAAGUAUGAUGACUACAAGAUCCAUCUGCGCCCACUGGCCUUCAUCUGUAUCAUCUUAUGGAGGAGUUUGGAGAUCUCAACUCGGGUCACCAUCUUGGUUCUCUUUGGGACUGUCUUCAAACAUUACGGUUUGGCUGUUGGUGCGGCCAACUUCCUGGUGUUCUUCUUCUUGCCAUGGGUUGAGUUCUGGAGGAGUGGGGCCCAACUGCCUGACAAUGUGGAGAAAAACUUCAGCCGGGUGGGAACCUUGACUGUCCUGUUCUCCAUCACUUUGCUCUACGGUGGCAUAAAUGUCUUCUGCUGGUCGGCUGUCCAGCUCAGAUUGUCCAGGCGAGAUUUGAUUGUCAGGUCACAAAACUGGGGCUGUUUAGCUUUUUAUUAUGUGUUCCGAGGGGUAGAGAACAGUGUGCUGAUCCUGGCCUGGUACUUCUUCAAGACAGACAUCUACGAGUACCUCUGCACUCCCAUGCUUGUGCUGCAGCUGCUUGUGGGGUACUGUCUGGCCAUUGUGUUCAUGCUUUUUUUCAUGCAGUACCUGCAUCCAUGCCGCCGCCUCUUCACACACAACGUCUCUGACUUCUUGCACUGUGUCUGUUGCCAGAAAGAAGAAGUUGCCAACCCUGCGCAUUUGGAACCACCUCAGGAACCUGGUGUGAGGCACAGUGUAGUAUGAUGAGAUAACUUCCAAAUGGAUAAUCAGCAAACUGCUGAUGGGGUGAUUAUGGACCCCAUCGUGUCAAGUCUCAGCAGUGGUGCCUGCUUACCCCAAUGGGAUAGGCCUUAAUUUCAUGGUGCUAUAAUUUAUUAACAGGGAUGCUGGUGGUGAUGCCUUCUGGACUUAUGAUGGUGGGCCAUAGGGGAAACUUUCUCUUUACUGAUGUUGGUGCAGGACUAGGGGCAGUCCGCAUCAGGUACAGCAGCAGGAGACUGUUCUGUGUUAUGAAAGAGGAACUCUAGUUGAGGGGGCAAAUCCAUCAUUGAAGGAUGGCCCUGCCCUUCUAGGUGACAGCAGUUUGGCAUCAGAACUGCCUCAGCUGUGCCGAUUUGCAAAACAUGGAACUGAAGGAUACUCAGUUGGCUAAAAGGGAGAAUUAGUGUAAGAGGAGGCUCUGCAGAAGAGUGGCCAGUGGAGGUGUCUUAUAUCUGUGGGACACCACAGUUCUCCCAACAGCUGGAUAAAAUGGGCCUUCAGAAUCACUCUCCCAGCCCUUCUCUUUUAUAUUUAUUUAUUUGACAACUUGUGAAAACUUUUUUUUUUUUUGCAAUUUGAAGUGCUGGAAAACAUUUUGCAAUUUGUAGGAACUUGGCCUUCUUUUAUGCUUGGGUUUCCACAGUUCCAUUUAUGGGCUGUGUGAUCCAUGCUCAGGCUGAAAGCUCGGCAUGUCAAAUCUCUAAGGGGCAGCAUUGAUGGAGGAUGAGCUUUGAAUGCCUUGCCUCCAGGUCUUCAGGGAUGCUGCAGCAGAUUGGCCUUCCCAGCUGCCUUGGAAGGGCCAAGCUAGUGGCUGACUACUAGUGGUGUUCUUCAGGGGAGAAAGGGCUGAGGUUAAACUAGUUGAACUUGUGAUUGGAAACUGGGCCAUCCCAUGUCCAAGUCAUGGUUCUAGGAGGAGGUUAGCUUAUCAUAGUUUGAGCUGUCAUCUGGGGAAGUGAAGAUCUUCCCAACCAGCUGGCUGUACUCCAUGCAAAUAUAUACAUGGAGUGAUUUUUUAAAUCCAUUAUGUUGAAAUGCUCAGGUCUAUCAAUGCAGUUUGGCUAAGCUUCUUGGCCUCCCAAACACUUCCUAUUGUAUGUAGUGCAAGGAUGUUCCUGAACAUGAGCUUGUCCAGCAGGUGAGUCUUCAGUCCAAAUACCUGUGAGGAACAAGGGCUGGACAUAUUGAGUUAUGUAUCCAGUCCCAACAAUUUCCUUGCGCAAAUUGAUUUCUCUUUGUGCCACUCCUCUGUUGAGCUAAUAGGCCAGACUCUGAGUUAAAGGAGCACUCUGUAUGGGGUUUUGGUGCCUCAUAUUGUUGCAUGGAAAGCUGAUCUGUGACCCAUCCUUCCUCUUCAUGGUUAUUUCUGUCCCAAUGAGCAGGGUGAACAAGACCUUCAGUAGUAAUAAUUAAGGAAGAAAAAAAAGAAAAUGGACGAUGAGGAUGAGGUAGUAGGCAAUGGAAGCAGCACUCUUUAAUUGGAUGGUGGACAUUGCUCAUAAUGGAUUGCUGUGUGGCAUUGGGAGCUAUGAUCCUAUGACCACCUAAUGCUUGUUGGAGCCUGGAAAAGCAGGUCCAAAAUUACAGGUCCUGAAGCCUGUAAUAGCCAGAAAAAGUUACAUAUUGAUGCUAAGCCUAAGAGAACAUCUGGGGCAACACAGUUAGUGGAAUUCAACUGCCCUUUCGUGCUACAUCAAGUUGGCCUCUCUGGAGCACUUUUGAUGCUCCCACUUGUAUAGUGGCAGGCAUGUUUUCAGAUCAGCCUUUUCCAACCCCCAGAUAUUUUGUGCUGCGACUCCUAUCAUCAACAGCCAAUAUAUAAAGGUUGGAAAAGGCCACCUUUGAUUAGCAAGGAGAGUCCCAUUAAUGCCACUUAAGCCCUCUAAAUCUUCCUGCUUUCUUGCCUGUUCUCCACUGGAAAUAGGAGGAAGAAAAGGAUGUCUUUAAAAUAGUCAAUGCUGGAUUGGCCUUUAAAUAGCCUGAUUUGAAUAUUUAAGUUCUUUAAAUCCUCAUUACAUUUGUGUUGCCUUUUCUGCAGCCAAGGCAUCCAUUAGCUACUGAAAUUGAGAACUCUAGCCUGAAAUAAACACAGCUUCAGAGAACCUUCAGACUGCCUGCCUUCCUCCACUUCAUUUUGAACAGGAGUCUCUUUCAGUCAGGCAGUGCAAGUCAGCAUAGCAGAUACCAGCCUAGCCAACCGUUGGGCAGAGUUUCACCCUCUCCAGUUGGCUUCCAGAGAACAGCUGAAGCCAGCCAACAGCUGAGCCAGCAAGGAAUGAUCACUUACCUCAAGGGGAGAUUCUACCUCUGUUUGCCCUUUUUCGCUGCCUUUCUCUGUGAUUAAACCAGGCUUCCAGACCAGGUUUUGGGAUCAUGCAAUCUUAAGGCUAGAUGCACAGUUUAUUUUCUCUGAUUCUCCAUUUCUUUUUAAUGCGUAAUUUCCUGCAGGGUGGCCAUUCUGCCAAGGGACUUCUCACAUGUGAUUUUUCAUGACUGGUUGUUUGCUUUUCUCUUUUUUCCCCUUAAAUGAAGCCACAUACAUCUAGGGAUUUAGGAGGUAGACAAGUGCUGCAUGUAAGAAAUCAUCCUGAGCUGAAUGACAAUUCCUUUCCUUUUUGCUGCCUUUUCUUUGGGUAGAAGAAAUGUUUGGAAUAACGUGAAGGGUCUGCAAAUAAAAUAUGCCUUAAAUAAAUCUAUUUCUUUUCAAAAGAUGGGUAUUCUGAAGGCUUGUCAAGGAGUUAAACAAAAUUACAAAAUAAAGCUCUUUUUCCCCCUUUAGGUGGGAGGUUGAAGACUAUAUGCUGGACUGGUUCCUGUUAUUUAUUGAAACAAAACAAAACUUCCCCACACAUAGAAAGCUAGCAUGUCUGGGAGAAGACCUCCGUAUACAAUUGUACUAGUCCAGUGUGUCUCAACCAGCCACCCUCCAAAUACACCAGAUUUCCACCUUUUAGAAUUUGCAGCCAAUUUUAGGAGUUAAAUCAGAUUGUUCUGUUCUAGCCAAGACAUUGUUCAGAAGAGAUCACGAAGUUACUAUUCCUAAUUGAAGUAUCUGUUUUUAAAUGCACAAGUCUUCUGUUUCUGAUAUUCAGGCAUGAGUAAGGAUAUGUAUGUAGGCAUAAGGCACCAUCUGCAGAAAAAGUAAUGCAUCUGAAUUGAUUGGAAAUCUCAAAGUUUACAGAUGUACUCCCCCCCUCAAAGCUUCAUUAACCAGAGGACCUCUUAUUAAACUACCCAAUGAAGAUUAAUCAUAGCUAAGUGGCCAUGAGAAACUUAACUGUUGAAAAAAAAGGAACUUAUCCAGCUAAAUGCAUGUGAGCAUUCCAUGUCCUUUGUACCUUACACCACUCAACAUCCUCAUGUGCCAGGAUAUCAUACCAUGUUCUCCUAAUUUAUAAAGAACACAAGAAAACUUUCCCUAGCAUGGUGGAGCAUAAGGUCUUGUAAUGCAGUUGGAACAGCCAAAAAAUACAAGUAGUCCCACCCACCUGUUGAUAUGAAAUAUUUUAAACUUCUUAGGUCAUACUUUUAAAUAUAGAAUCUCUGUUCAGUGUGACUUCAGUUAGUAGCUGAUUAUAUCCUGAAAAGAAGCUUAGUACUGUAACAGACAAACACCGCUGGGUGGCAGACUUGGUAAUAUGAUGUGAUAUUAAGGAAGGUCAACUGGAAAACAGAAUUCGAAGUUGAAACUUGCAUUGUAAAUCUAUAGAGUGUUGCGCAGGUGUGAGUUUACCUUUACGAUGAUGUGUGUUGUCUAUCAAAUGCUGUCAUUCUGAUUACUGAAUGCGAUUGGGUGCCAAAUAUUAUUCCAUGCCAUCUAUAAUAUAGUCAAAUGUUACAAACUACUGCAUGCACCGUCAAUUUUUGUCAACUGUGAAAUAAAAUUACAUAUCAACUCUCAAGUACUAUGAAAUAUCAGCUAUUGAAAUAAACAUUUAAUAAAAUGUGAAA